AUGGCGGACAGGGGUGUCAAUUUGCUUCCCAAAUCAUCCACGGCUCAAGCUCCAACCAUAGCGAACGGUGGUGUUGAUCUGUUUCUCAAAUCAUCCACAGGCCAAGCUCCAACGAUGGUGAACGGUGGUGUCAAUUUGCUUCCCAGAUUAUCCACAAUCCAAGCUCUAGGCAUGGCGGAAGGAGAAGUGCAGCUCCACUGUUUGGGAUUUUUGUUAAAUUCCAUCAAAGGUGCUGCAGCAUACAUUGGAGAUGCAGUUUCUCUUUUCUUAAAUCUUGUUAACAAUCUGCGACUACCAAGUGAUGAAAUUCGUGGAGAGAUACUGUUCGUGCUGUACAAACUCUCCUUGUUAAACGCUACCCCGUGGGACAAUAUAUGUGAUAAUGACAAUGUGGAUCUUUCAGCAGUCGGAAAAAGUUUGCUUCAACUCUCUCUUGAAGUUCUACUUAAAACUCAAAAUGAUGCUGUUCGCCUGAACUGUAUUGCAUUCCUCCUUGCGCUGGCAAAGAAGGAGGCCUUUGAUAUUUUGCUGAUUGGCGACCUGAGCUUAAUCAAGUCUGUAGAGGAAGAAGAGUCCACGCAGACAGAUGAUGUGCCCCCGAAUGCCUCUAUCAUAGUUCUAUUUGCUGAUGCUGUCAAAGGAUCUCUGCUCUCUACGAAUCUAGAAGUGCAAACUGGGACAUUGGAUUUAAUCUUCCAUUUCCUGUCAUCUGAUGCAAAUAUUUGUGCUGUACUUCAAACUUUGAUAGAUGAAAAUGUUGCUGAUUAUGUAUUCGAGGUUCUGAGGUUAUCAGGAAAUAAUGAUCCACUGGUAAUUUCCUCUAUUCAAGUACUAUCACUUUUAGCGACUUCAGAGGAGAUGUUCAAAGAAAAGCUUGCCAUUGGAUUUUCUACUCUGCUCCCUGUUCUUCAUUAUGUUACUGAGAUUCCAUUUCAUCCAGUCCAGUCUCAGGUUUUACGACUUGUUUGGACUUGUAUUGCUAAUUGUUCUGGUAUUCUGUCGUUGUCCCAAGAAGAACAGAUAGCAUGUACUUUGACUCUAAUUUUGAGAAGAAAUGACAGUGGUGAACUUGGAAUGUGUUCUGAAACCUUUGCUCUUGUUUGCUCAAUAUUAAUAGAGAUUAUGAGGUCACCAUCUGCUCAUGAUAUUCAGAAACUACCUUUAUUAAUUGAAGAAGCAUCAAAACAUGCUAUCUCUUCGACAUUACCUCAUGCGUAUGACUCUGCAUUUCUCGUACCACAUUCCCUUUGUCUUCUUAAAGAAGCACUUAUAUUCUGCCUUGAAGGGAAUACAGAUAAGAUUUCUGUCAAGAAGGAUCUUGAAGAUAGCGUCAUUGAAAUUUGUGGAACUUAUUUACUGCAUUGGCUAGAAAGUGCUGUUGUUGAUGGUAAUGAUGACGAAACAUUGGGAGAAAUCCUUCAGAUUUUCCACAUUAUUCUAUCAAGCACAUGUCACAAUAAGCAACUCAAGUUUGCUGAGAUGCUGGCAUCAUCCUCAUGGUUUAGCUUGUCAUUUGGAUUCAUGGGCUUAUUUCCUACCGAUCAUGUCAAAUCAGUAGUAUAUUUGAUCACUAGUUCAAUUGUCGACAAAAUUUUGGGCUGUAAAUAUGGGGAAACAAUUAGAGAUGCAUACGUCUAUCUGCCAUCAGACCCUACAGAACUUGCGUAUUUACUUGGGCAAUGUAGCUCCGAAGAUUUCAACUUGGCAUCAUGUCAAUGUGCUAUUCUAGUUAUACUUUAUGCCUGUUCAUUCUACAAUGAAAGGCUGGUUGCUGACAGCCAACUUCUGUCUUCAGUUGAGCAAUACAUCCUUCUAAAUGGUGCGAAGUUUCCCUAUGAAAUUGCUGGUUCUGUGAUGCUUACUCUGCUGGUCCAUCUUUAUGCCUUCGUCAGAGGCAUUUCAUUUGGCUGCACCAUUCAACAUAGUCCAGAAGCUGAGAGAACUCUGUUCCAUGUAAUGGCAUGUAAGGAGUGGGACUUGCUUUUUAUCCGAGUCCACCCAAUAGCACUAAAAUGGCUCUUCCAGAAGGUAGAACUUCUAGAACCACUAUCUUUCCAGAUGCUAAAUUUCUGCAGAACUUUCUGUGAAGACAGAACUGUUGUGCUUUUAAACAGCAGUCAGUUGGUGGACAUAAAGAUGGUUGCAGAACUGAUGCAGUUGGUAGUAUAUAUUGCUCCCCAUAUUCUUCAAGGUGCGUUGACAGUCUACUGGGAAGAUGAAUGGCUUGCUCUUACCAUGAAGUUAUUGGAGUAUUUCAAUUCGAGUCUUGAUUAUACAUCAAGUGACCAAGAACAGAAGAUAUUAAUUGGGAUAUUUUGCCUUAUUUUGCAUCAUUCAGCAAGCAAGGUGCUCAUUGAGCCUGCGAAGGCCAUAAUCUUGAACAAACCACUGGUUUCUUUGACAGAUGGUAUAAUACAGGAAGCUUGUGCAAAGGGCCCAUCUUUACUUCAAUACAAUCAGGAAACAGACUUUGGGGGAUUCAUGAUUUUGAUUCUUCAAUUAAUGUUUUUCUCUCUAAGAAGUUUGCAUGCCAUCCUAGAUCCAAGUAUUGACUGGCAGGAAUUCCUCCAGCAUUCAGAUAACACCCAGUUUUUCUCUGUUGUUGGCAUCCCGUGCCAUGAUUUGUGCCGUCUGAUGCACUUCGGUCCAUAUCCUGUUAAGCUUAUUGCUUCACAAUGCCUGUUGGAAUUGCUUACCAGAAUUUCAGAUCAGAGGAGCUAUCUUAAUGCUGAAUUAAGAUGCUCUGCGCAAUACAUGAAGUCCAUUAUUGCUGUGAUAGAGGGUUUAGUCUUGAGUCAAGACAGUAGAGUUGCUGAAAAUUGCGGGUCCUGUCUCUCAAUGAUUUUAGGUUGGGAGAAAUUCGGAAGCCAGGAGAAUAUGGUGGGCAGAGAAUCAAAAUGGUCCAGGCUAAUAAUGGAGGAAUUUGCAGUUGCCUUGACUGCUCCUGGUUUGACGUCAAAAUCAUUCAGUAAUCAGCAGAAGAUUGCAUCAAAUAUAGCUGUUUCAUUGCUCAAACUAAGCCAAGUUCCAGAAUGGCUGACAUCAUUGUUUGAUAGUUCUUUGAUAUCUGGUGUAGUUGGUAAUCUUUCUGCUAGGAAUGUCACUGCAGAUAUUGUUAAGCUAUUCAGUGAGCUUAUGACUAAGAAAUAUCUCACUCAAGAGCACAUUGUCUCCCUGCAUAACUUAUUCCAGGAUGAUCUCUUUUGCACUGUUCACUUUGAGUUCUGCGCAACUGUGUACUACUCCGUCCGUCCCAUAAUACCUUUAUGCGUAGAUGCACACGUAAACAAUUAUUCAUAUCCCAAUGCAGUGUGCCCGGUCUGCAGAAGACAGGUCUAUGAGGGGAGUUGUUCUAAGUCGGAGUUGUCGGAGCAAAAGGCAGAAGAAACGGUGGCAAGGAGCCCCGACGAAAGUGAAGUGAAAAAUCAUCGUAACAAGAAAAUCAAGUUUCUACGAUCUGAUCGUGGAGGUGAAUAUUUGAGUUAUGAGUUUGUACUUCAUUUGAAACAAUGCGGAAUAGUUUCGCAACUCACUCCACCUGGAACACCACAACGUAAUGGUGUGCCUGAACGUCGUAACUGCACUUUAUUAGAUAUGGUGCGAUCUAUGAUGUCUCUCACUGAUUUACCGCUAUCGUUUUGGGGUUAUGCUUUAGAGACGGCUGCAUUCAUGUUAAAUAGGGCACCAUCUAAAUCCGUUGAAACGACACCUUAUGAACUGUGGUUUGGCAAGAAACACAAGUUGUCGUUUCUUAAAGUUUGGGGCUGCGAUGCUUAUGUGAAAAAGCUUCAACCUGAUAAGCUCGAACCCACAUCGGAGAAAUGUGUCUUCAUAGGAUACCCAAAGGAGACUGUUGGGUACACCUUCUAUCACAGAUCCGAAGGCAAUAUAUUCGUUGCUAAGAAUGGAUCCUUUCUAGAGAAGGAGUUUCUCUCGAAAGAAGUGAGUGGGAGGAAAGUAGAACUUGACGAGGUAAUUGUACCUUCUCCCUUAUUGGAAAGUAGUUCAUCACUGAAAUCAGUUCCAGUGAUUCCUGCACCAGUAAGUGAGGAAGCUAAUGAUGAUGAUCAUGAAACUUGUGAUCAAGUUAUCGCCGAACCUGUCAUGUUACUUGACCAUGACGAACCUACGAACUAUGAGGAAGCGAUGAUGAGCCCAUAUUCCGCAAAAUGGCUUGAGGACAUGAAAUAUGAGAUGGGAUCCAUGUAUGAGAACAAAGUGUGUACUUUGGUUGACUUGCCCGAUGAUCAUCAGGCCAUAGAGAAUAAAUGGAUCUUCAAGAAGAAGAUUGACGCUGACGGUAAUGCUAUUGUCUACAAAGCUCGACUUGUUGCAAAAGGUUUUCGACAAGUUCAAGGAGUUGACUACGAUGAGACUUUCUCACCCGUAACGAUGCUUAAGUCCGUCCGAAUCAUGUUAGCAAUUGCCGCAUUUUAUGAUUAUGAAAUUUGGCAAAUGGAUGUCAAAACUGCAUUCCUUAAUGGACAUCUUAAAGAAGAGUUGUAUAUGAUGCAACCAAAAGGUUUUGCUGAUCCAAAAUGUGCUAACAAAGUGUGCAAGCUCGAGCGAUCCAUUUAUGGACUGGUGCAAGCCUCUCGGAGUUGGAAUAUACGCUUUGAUAGUGUGAUCAAAGCAUAUGGUUUUAUACAGACUUUUGGAGAAGCCUGUAUUUACAAGAAAGUGAGUGGGAGCUCCGUAGCAUUUCUGAUAUUAUAUGUAGAUGAAAUAUUGCUGACCGGAAAUGAUACUGAAUUUCUGAAUAGCAUAAAAAGAUACUUGAAUAAAAAAAUUUCAAUGAAAGACCUCGGUGAAGCUACUUAUAUAUCGGGCAUCAAGAUCUAUAGAGGUAGAUCAAGAUGCUUAAUUGGACUUCCACAAAGCACAUACCUUGAUAAAGUUUUGAAGAAGUUCAAAAUGGAUCAAGCGAAGAAAGGGUUCUUGCCUGUAUUACAAGCAGGGAGGUACCAAAGUAAUCCAGGAGUGGAUCACUGGACAGCGGUCAAGAAUAUCCUGAAAUACCUGAAAAGGACUAAGGAUAUGUUUCUUGUAUAUGGAGGUGACAAAGAGCUCGUCGUAAACGGUUACGUCGAUGCAAGCUUUGACGCUGGUCCGGAUGACUCUAAGUUACAAACCGGAUACGUGUUUUUAUUAAAUGGCGGAGCUGUCAGUUGGUAUAGUUCCAAGCAGAGCGUUGUGGCGGGAUCUACGUGUGAAGUGGAAUACAUAGCUGCUUCGGAAGCAACAAAUGAAGGAGUCUGGAUGAAGGAGUUCAUAUCCGAUCUAGGUGUCAUACCUAGUGCAUCGGGUCCAAUGAAAAUCUUUUGUGACAAUACUGGUGCAAUUGCCUUGGCAAAGGAAUCCAGAUUUCACAAGAGAACCAAGCACAUUAAGAAACACUUCAAUUCCAUCCACGGUCAAGUCUAG